CCCGUAUUGACCCAUCUAGAAAUUCGCUCAACAAACAAGAAAGGCGACCAAACAAGAAAAAGUGUUACAAAUGAACAACACAUUGAUGAGAAUGGCACAUACACAGAAAAGUGUGGCGGCCUCCAAAAUGUUCAAAACGAGGAAACGAAAGACAGAAAGCAAUACCUUGGAAAGUGACCUGAAAAGGGAGAGCACAAUUAGAAAGGCCUUUGAUUCCAAAAUCCAAACAAGUGUAAACACUAUAUCGGCUAGGGUAAGUCCAGAGACAUUAACUUCCGACCAAACAAUAGAUGACUUGAACUCUGUUUGUGUCAAAAUUGAGACUGAUGAAUGGUAUAACACGGCUUCUGAUUUUUAUUCUGUUUGUGCCAAAUCAGAACAGGUUCUAUUGGAAGAGAGACAUCCAGAUAGCAACAAACAAAACGGCUUCACCUCUGAAUGUGUGAAAUCAGAAAAGACAGAAUGUGAAGUUAUGCGACAACAUGUUACCAGGCAAGAUUGCUUCAAUUCUGUAUGUGUGAACAAAAACUUAACUUCCAAUUCAAAUGCAAAAGAUGAAAUUUAUUCUGUAUGUGGGGCAACACAACAGUUUCUAAAUCCUCUUACAGACCAGGGUUAUAUAACAGCAUAUGACUUCAAUAAUGAAUUUGGUAUAGCUAAACAAAAUAUAAAGACAGAAACAGACAAUGAAAAUACAACAGCAAAUAAAAGUACACAUUCAAAAACACCAGAGAAUCAAGAUGAACUGGCGGACCAAUAUUCUGUAUAUCUGACAUGGGAAAAGAUUGAACUUUCAGAUGUUGACAAAUAUUGUGCUAAAUCAGUUGUGGGUGGAGGGACAAUACAAAUGGACCAAUACUCCCACUUAAAUGUUCCAAGACAUUCAAACUCAGAAAAAGAGAAUGCUGUGACAAGAACUCCCCCGCUUUUCCUGGAACCAGCUAAGAUUAAAUUGAAGGAAAAGGGUGACCAUGUGAAGAAAUUUAAAAAAAUGAAGAAAAGAAGGUCCCCAGAAAAAGACAAGACUGAGUAUAUUCUGCAAGAGAGGAACCUAUCCAGCUGUAUGAGCCUGGAACCUUGUGAUAAUGACCAUUUUCUCUACUGUGGAGAAUGCAAUAAGGAGUUUGACGGGGACUGCCCUGUCCAUGGACCCUAUAACUACAUACAGGACAAGGAGGUGCCAGAAGAAGACCAUCUUAAAGCUGAGCAUACCUUGCCAGAUUGCCUUGAAAUAAAAACAUCCGAAAUAGCUGGAGCUGGUCUUGGUGUGUUUUCCAAGGAGGGACUGGAAUCCAGGAUCAUGUUUGGACCGUAUGGGGGAGAUAUCAUCACUGACAACCCCAAGUCAGGGUAUUGCUGGCAGAGGAAGAUCUAUAAGGAUGGCAAAGGGAGUCACUUUGUGAAUGCCCAGAACAAAGCCACUUCUAACUGGAUGAGAUACGUGAACUAUGCUAUGACGGAGGCAGAUCAGAACCUUGUAGCAUUCCAGUACAAAGGAGGCAUCCAUUACUGCACAUUGAAGCCAGUUUUACCAGGUGAGGAAUUGCUGGUCUGGUACAGAGAUGAAUUAGCCAGAGAACUUGGCCUCAUCAGACCCAAAAACCUGCCGAGUAGUUAUUCGAGUAACAACAGUGGUCACUUUAAUGAACACAUGAGUAUUCAUGCAGGAAAGAGACUGUACAAGUGUGAGGAGUGUGGUUAUGCAUGUAACAAGAGUGGUAACUUGAAGGCACACAUGAGGAUACAUUCAGGAGAUAAACUGUACAAGUGUGAGCAGUGUGGUUAUGCUUGUAACAAGAGUGGUAACUUGAAGGCACACAUGAGGAUACAUUCAGGAGAGAGACCAUACAAGUGUGAGGAGUGUGGUUAUGCUUGUUACCAGAGUAAUGACCUGAAGAAACACAUGAGGAUACAUACAGAAGAGAGACUGUACAAGUGUGAGGUGUGUGGUAAAGCAUUUAAACAGAGUGGUAGCUUGAAGACACAUAUGACGAUACAUACAGAAGAACGACCGUACAAGUGUGAGGUGUGUGGCCAUUCUUGUAAACGUAGUGAGCACUUGAAGACACACAUGAUGAUACAUAAAGGAGAGAGACCGCACAAGUGUGAGGUGUGCAGUUUUGCAUUUAAAACGAGUUCUGACUUGAAGACACACAUGAGGAUACAUACAGGAGAAAGACCGUACAAGUGUGAGGUGUGUGGUAAAGCAUUUAAACAGAGUGGUACCUUGAAGACACACAUAAAGAUACAUACAGAAGAACGACCGUACAAGUGUGUGGUGUGUAACCAUUCUUGUAAAUGUAGUGAGCACUUGAAGACACACAUGAUGAUACAUAAAAGAGAGACCGCACAAGUGUGAGGUGUGCAGUUAUGCAUUUAAAACGAGUUCUGACUUGAAGACACACAUGAGGAUACAUACAGGAGAAAGACCUUACAAGUGUGAGGUGUGUGUCUAUGCUUGUAAUCAUAGUUCUGACUUAAAGAAACACAUGAAGAUACAUACAGGAGAA